AUGAUGGCCACAGCAGCUAACCACGAUCGCGAAUCUACGCAGCCAACAUGCCAAAACUGUCAGACCUCGACCACACCCUUGUGGCGCCGCGAUGAGUAUGGAUCUGUUUUGUGCAAUGCCUGCGGAUUGUUCCUCAAGCUACACGGCCGUCCUCGCCCUAUCUCGUUGAAGACAGAUGUCAUCAAGAGUCGGAAUCGUGUGAAGACGAUGCGUCCUGAUCUUGCUUCUAAGAAAAAGCAACAGCAGCAACAGCAGGCCGCCAAUUUUCCCGGCGCAAACGAUCCGAACGGCCUUGACCUUCAUGGGCAACCAACUCCUGGUUCUGCCCAGCGCAGAGCGUCCAAGUCAGCGAACGGCAACGUUGAUGGAUCUGACUCUCCUGUAUCUCGGACCGCAACACCGUCCUUAUACAAUCCCGGCCUUCCCGUGUUCCAGGGCAUGGAUGAUCCCCAGCUUUCAGCUUUUAAUGUUGGCGGCGCAUCCGACAACCGUUCCGGAUCUCCUCUGAACGGCGACCGCCAUCUCGACGUCCCUCAAACCCACGAACAGCUCAUCGCAGCCAACUCAGCCCUCAAGACUCGCGUCAGCGAACUCGAGUUGAUUAACGAGCUUUUCCGCGGGAGGCUUAGUCAGAUGGAGCAAGACGAGGCGAGCGCAAGAAGAGGCCAGGAAAUCAGCGGCAAAGCUGAGGCCCAGUUGCGUUCCCAGCUGGAUACUAGCAAGAAGCAGCUGGAGGAGAGCCACCGCAGGGAGAACAACCUUAAAAGGCGCCUUGACGAGCUAGAGCUUGAGCUCAAGGACGCCAAGGAAGCUCUGGACUCUUCAGACUCGGGUCGCGCUGCCAAAAAGCUUCGCGUCUCUGAUAUGGUCGGCGAUUCCGAAGUCUCGACUCCUCAGUCCACCACAACUUGA